AUGUAUUCAGAUACAGACUCAGGCGAAGAAACACCAGUCAUCUAUACGGCGAUUGCAGGCGCAGCUGCCGCGGCGGCAAUCAAGGUGACUGGCAUACUCGAGGGGCAGAUGAUGGAUGCAUCGUCCGACGAGUACUUCACUGAGGAGGAUGCCAGCUCACAAUCCUCCGACGAUGCACAUGAACAAGACAGCGACACCAAAUACGACAAGAAAGGCAACCGUCGCGUACCGCUUCUGAGCGACUGGCCGGCACUACCAUCGCCCGCCGCAUCUCGACGCAUGGCGAUUGAGCAAGGCGUCCGAAAGUUUCACCACAGCCAAGCCGAAUUGCAGAAGUCCAUCGCUGGCGUGAAGAGAACACAGGCGAUGACAGCUGCUUCUGCUGCCGCCGACGGUGAACACGCGACAAAGAGGGCGAAGACGAUAGCCUCCGUGGGCCCGGCGCUGGACGCCGUCGCAAUCCAUCCGGUCCGGCUUACACCGCGACGGACCAAGUCGAAGCACCGGCAAGAGUUGAUGGAGGUAACCUGUGACCGGGUCACCCGCAUCCUCGAUCAGUGCACGGGCAUAAUGAAGAGCAUAGAAAAGGAGAUGCGCGACCCUGUUCAGCUGGUGACGACCGAUGUGAAGGACAUCUUUGGGCCCGAACUGGUACCAUUUGGACUGAAGUCCAUUGCAACGGAAUUCAGAGAGACGAGAAUGGACGAAAUGUACAUGAGGUUCUUGCUGCCGAAGAAACGGGCACACCUGAGAAGCCAAGGGCUCGUGGUCCCUCCUCGAGAAUUCAUCAUAAAGAAGGCUGUAGCCGACACUUAUGCCUGA